CCCCAUUCCAAUCUCCACUUUACUUUAAAACCCACUCUCUCUCUCUUUCUCAGGAGAAGAAAAUCAGAAUCAUCAGAUCGAAGAGUCUUUAGACGUGUUAUGAGCUGGGAGUGAUUCCAAUGGAUAGAAUGAAGUGUAUUCUCGUGUGUUUGGUUGCUUGUUUCUUUACAUUACAGCUUUGUGUUGCUGAUCCUAUAUUUUACGAGUCGUUUGACGAGUCGUUUGAGAGGAGAUGGAUUGUGUCUGAGAAAGAUGAUUAUGAAGGUGUUUGGAAACAUGCCAAAAGUGAGGGACAUGACGAUUACGGACUUCUUGUGAGCGAGAAAGCCAAGAAGUACGCUAUUGUGAAAGAACUCGAUGAAGCAGUCAGUCUAAAGGAUGGUACUAUCAUCCUGCAGUUUGAGACCCGUCUACAAAAUGGACUGGAGUGUGGAGGCGCUUAUCUGAAAUACCUUCGUCCUCAAGCAGCUGGGUGGAUUGCAAAGGAGUUCAACAAUGAUUCUCCCUACGCAAUCAUGUUUGGACCUGAUAAAUGUGGGUCGACGAAUAAGGUGCACUUCAUCUUGAAGCACAAGAACCCCAAGACUGGGGAGUAUGUUGAGCACCAUCUCAAGUUCCCACCCUCCGUUCCUGCUGACAAACUAUCCCAUGUCUAUACUGCAAUCAUAAAACCUGACAAUGAUUUGGCCAUUCUUAUCGAUGGGGAGGAAAAGAAGACAGCUAAUUUCCUUAAAGGGGAUGAUUUUGAGCCUCCACUUAUCCCUGCCAAGACCAUUCCUGAUCCAGAUGAUAAGAAACCAGAGGACUGGGAUGAGAGAGCCAAAAUUCCAGACCCAGCUGCAGUAAAGCCUGAUGAUUGGGAUGAGGAUGCACCCAUGGAGAUCGAAGAUGAGGAAGCUGAAAAGCCAGAGGGAUGGUUGGAUGAUGAGCCUGAGGAGAUUGAUGAUCCAGAAGCAUCAAAGCCCGAAGAUUGGGAUGAUGAAGAGGACGGUGAGUGGGAAGCACCCAAAACUGAUAACCCAAAGUGUGCAGAUGCACCUGGUUGUGGUGAGUGGAAGAAGCCAAUGAAGAGCAAUCCAGCUUACAAAGGAAAAUGGCAUGCACCACUGAUUGAAAAUCCAAACUACAAGGGCAUCUGGAAGCCACAAGAAAUUCCUAACCCUGACUACUUUGAGCUUGAGAAACCUGAUUUUGAGCCUGUUGCCGCCAUUGGAAUUGAGAUCUGGACCAUGCAAGAUGGUAUCUUGUUUGAUAACAUUUUGAUAGCAAAAGAUGAGAAGGUUGCAGAAGAGUACAGACAGAAAACAUGGAAGCCGAAAUUCGAUGUUGAGAAAGAAAAGCAGAAGGCUGAGGAAGCAGCUGCAGGUGAUUCUGAUGGUAAUCUCUCCGACUUCCAGAAAAAGAUAUUUGAGGUCCUUUACAAGUUUGCAAACCUUCCUUUCUUGGCUGAUUACAAGCUCAAGAUAUAUGAUAUUAUUGAGAAGGGUGAGAAACAGCCAAAUAUCACCAUUGGUAUCCUUGUUUCUGUUGCAUUGGUUAUGUUGACCAUCUUCUAUAGAAUUCUUUUUGGCGGCAAGAAAACAGUGGCAAAGGCAACCCCAGAGGUUAGGCCUGCUGCUGGAGCUGCAAAUCCUGUGAAUAACGAAGGAAGCAGCAGUGGAGAGAAAGAAGGAGACAAGGAAAAUGAAAGUGAAGAUGCUGCUGCUCCUCGCAGAAGGGCCACGAGAAGGGAGAACUGAAGUAAUUAAUUUUGGUAAAGAGGAGUUUUAAUCUAGUUAAAUUUGGGUCAGAAUUUUGUUUUGGAUAACUAGGUGUUGUGAAAUGAGAAUUACUUUUAGUCAUUUUUUGUUAAAUACCUAUGAAUCUGCUUUCUCAACCGUCUUUCUGAAUCUGCUUUCUUCUGGCACUUUGUUGUAAUACCAAAUCAGACAACUAAUAUCGAUGUUAAGGUAGACAAACUUGGUAUUCAAUUAAGUUCUAGAUGGAACAUUACGUUCAUCUAAAUUCUAGUGUGCCAUGCGGAAAAGAGACGGACAAGUCUAUGAAACAUGAUCUAUCAUAUAUUUUUUAUUUUCAACA